UUGUUGAAAUAACCUACUACUGAUCUGUUUUGGAGACCAUGCAUGAUCGACUGGCUAUAGGUGUUUGUCCUCUUAUUUGUGAUUUUUUUUAAAAAUAGUGUCAAGCCUUUUACUAAUAUGCCUAAUAUUGGCCUAAAUCAUAUGCUAGGCUAUCACUUUAGGAAAUAAUUGUUGGAUUGAUGAAAACCUUGCGCUUUAGAGCACUCGGGACACUGCAUGCGUAAAAGCCAAAAUUCUGGUGACAAUUCUGUAAUAACGAGUUUAUUGCUGUGACAAAUGACCGUUUUGGGGAACAAGAACAUUAUCGAAGCAGAAUGUCAAGGCUACAGAGUCAGUAGCCAACUACAGUACAGUAGCCAAGAACAUGUGUGAAAAUCAGAUUAGGUUAUAAUUAGGCUAUGUUUACGCGAUGUUGGCCUAUUUUCUUACACCAAUGAGUCCAGGCUAUAAUUUCACACUAAAGUAAUAGGCUGUAUUGCUGCAAGCCUAUCCUAUUUCAAUGUGUGUGUGUGUGCUCGUGGAUUGAUUAUUUUAUUAAAAUCAGAGUCAAGUAUAUUCCACCUAACGGAGAGAGCAGAGCUCAAACGAGCGCCUGUUUACCUCAUGCUGACCCCUUCAACUCCGGUUGACUCUGCUCAAGAGCUGCACUGUAAUGGAUGCGACCGGUUGAUUAUCUCGAUUCUUAAUACAGACGCAGCGCCCUGCAGUGAAAUGCUGUGUGGAGGAUGGUAUCCUUUGAGAUAAUAUACAUGUAGGUUAUCCUAGCUAUUAUAUAAGAAAGGGAAAGAGUAUAAUUAAGCAAUAAGGCCCGAUGGGGUGUGGUAUAUGGCCAUUAUACCACAAACUCCCGAUGUGCCUUAUUGCUAUUAUAAACUGGUUACCAACGUAAUUAGAGCAGGAAAACACAUAUUUUGUUAUCGCAGUGGUAUAGGUCUGAUACCACAGCUGCCAGUCAAUUAGUAUUCAGGGUUCAAACCACACAGUUUAUUAUAGUAUUUAUAUCCUGAGAUCAUGCAUGCAUGUAUUUACAGAAAUUGCUCCCCUCUUAAAUAGGGAUAAUAGUACCUUCAUGCUCUUUACAUCAAACCAAAUCCUCAUAAACCGACCUCCAUUUUCUUAAAAUAAUCCCUGACCAUGCAGGAAAUAAAUUAAUCUCUCUCCUCUCUCUCUCUCUCCGUCUCUCGGUCUGUCUCUCAGAUUCAUAGCAUAUUUAUUAGCAUGAAUGACAAGGCCACUGUUGCUAAAGCUCUCUGUCUCUCUCUCUGUCUCUCUCUAUCUUUCUUUCAGAUUCAGAUACCAUAGCAUCUUUAUUAGCAUGAAUGACAAGGCCACUGCGCUCUCUGUGUCUGAGCGAAAGGGGGGUGGGGUGUGGGAGGGAGGGAGAGCAAUCUUAUAGGCCUACAUUAUUUCAGUAACUGGCUAUGACGCGAGGGUAUGAUGGGGGGUGGGGGCUGAAAAACGUAGAGGGUGCCUUGAAAUGGGUAAUUCCUGAUUUGAGGGUCAAACCGAGCUCCAGCUCCGCACACGAUAGACUGCUGCAUGGAGAUAGAGGGAGAGGAGUGGGGAAUGCGGGAAAAGACUAGGGGUCUCUGGUGGACUAGGUUGGCUUCGGCAACCGUCAACGGUUAGUCAGACAUAGGGAAAUUCAUUCAGACGCAUGGUACAAUCCAGUUUUAAAAUACUAAACGUAUAUAGCCUAACCUUCGUCCAGUGUGAUUAUUCCCCAUAAUAAUGCGUUACUGACGGAGGUCUGACGGAGUGUUCUAUUUAAUUCGGUGAACUCUGUGGGUCUGCGUGUUUGGAGAAUUUCGGAUUAGGUGACACAGCGACUCUGGACACUGAUCUAACCAACACACACACACCAGGAUGACCGUGGAACUCUGGUCUCCAGGACCGAAGCAGAACAGCGCAUGAGUGUGUCCCUUGGUGUCAGGUACUGUAGUGUGUGUGAUGGCUAACGGCGGGGACCUGUUCGCCAUCCCAGAGCGCAUGGACACAGACACCGAAUCACCGAAAGAGAACAAACCCGAGAAUCACACUAGCUCCAGCUCUCCACCGUCACCGGAGACCUCGUGCACACAGCAGGGGAUGGAGGGAAUAAAAGUCUACCUGCACGAGCGCGAGCUGUGGGAGAAGUUCCAUGAGGUCGGAACAGAGAUGAUUAUCACUAAAGCGGGAAGGCGGAUGUUCCCCUGCUACAAGGUGAAGGUUACGGGCCUCAACCCUAAAGCCAAGUACAUCCUCCUCAUGGAUAUCGUGCCAGCGGAUGACCACCGCUACAAGUUUGCAGAUAAUAAAUGGUCUGUGACGGGGAAGGCGGAGCCGGCCAUGCCAGGGAGGUUGUACGUCCAUCCUGACUCUCCGGCCACCGGAAGCCACUGGACACGUCAGCUUGUCUCCUUCCAGAAACUCAAACUCACCAACAACCAUCUGGACCCCUUCGGACACAUCAUAUUAAACUCCAUGCAUAAAUACCAGCCCCGCCUCCAUAUCGUCAAAGCAGACGAAUACAACAGGUUUGGUUCCAAGAACACUGCCUUCUGCACGCACGUGUUCUCAGAGACCGCCUUCAUCGCCGUGACAUCAUACCAGAACCACAAGAUCACCCAGCUGAAGAUAGAGAACAACCCAUUCGCUAAGGGCUUCAGAGGCAGUGAUGACAUGGAGCUGCAUCGCAUGGCUAAGAUACAGGGUAAGGAGUAUCCGGUGGUUCCUCGUAGCUCAGUGCGUCAGAGGGUGUGUCCUAGUGGGAGUCCGUUUGGGGGGGAGGCGAAGGGGUUGGGUUUGCACCCCUAUUCCUGUGAGAAUGGGGUGAGCAGCACCACCCAGGACCUCCUCAUCCCCCCUCCAGCCCCCUACACCCUCCCCCAACCAGACACACACGAACACAUGCAGGUGUACCACUGCAACAAGAGAAAAGCGGAUGAUAGCUGUCCUACAGCAGAGAAUCACCAGUACAGGAAGCCCUACAUCGUCAGUUCUCCCAGCAACGACGAGUCUUACUAUCAGCCGUCUGCUUACCCUCAUCCCCCUCUCCCUCCCUCCGUCCACCCCUCUCCCCCUGGUCUCUCUGACUCCCCAUACAGGUCAGAGGCGGGGCAGCGGCAGGCGUGUAUGUUUGCUGGCUCAGAGCCCAGACUGGACAACCUCAGCUGUACAUCCUGGUCCUACAGCUGCCCAUUGACUCCACCCAUGGCCCCCAUGACCCCUACUGACCCCUACACAACCUUCCCCCACCAGCCCUACUCCUCCAGUCCCCGGAACGCUCAGCUGAGCUCCAUAGCCCACCAAGGCUCUCAUCCUCUGGGGGACUCUCUCUCGCACGGCCAGACCCAGAGCUCCAGACCACACCAGACACCCCAACACCCCAGCCCACCCCUCACAGAGUACCACCGCUACCCCUCCUCCCCAUCUCCUCCUCAGUACCACACCCUUCACACACAUGUCAGGGGAGGGGUCUCCGAAUGGAGCGAGGCCACCUGAUUGGACCACAGGUAUAGGGGAAAGACUCUGAUUGGUGGCUUGGGGUUAUGUUUAUGUGAGGUGUUCUCAUUUUAUGUGUGAAGAGAUUUAAUUGGCCAGUUGUGUGUUUCCCUGUGCCAUGGGUGGAACGUUAGAUUGUCUGUGUGUUACGUUUAAGUCCAUCCUCCUCUGACUGGGACCUCUCUGGAAGGAACUGAUGUUAGAGGAACUUGGUGGAUAAGCAUUCAAACUAGAGGGACAGGAAGAAAGAUGACGCCAUCAACUAAAACGUUCCAAGCUUCAUUCCUGAGACUGUUUUUAAUACAGUAUGUGACCCGUCUGUCACCCUGUCACCCUGUCCCCUGAAGAUGUGAGACUGCCUCUCUAUGGCCGUGGUUCCCAGUUGGUUUGUGACCCACCGAAAUCCCUGUGAUCCAACAGACUAAACCAUAUUUCUAAUCUGUGUGUCAGCUCAGCUCAGGGCUGCUGUGAGUUAAUGUCGGCUGAGAGGGGCUGCGGUGGCCACAGGCAGAGCAGAAGAGAGAUAAACUGUUAGUUUACACCAGGCUGCAGGGAGGAAGACCUGCACACACACUGACAAACACAGAGAACUUGUUUAGAGGCUGCCGCAUGGCAGAAGACCUGUACACGGUCCCAUUGCAUUUUGGGUAUAUGCACAUCUCAUCAUCAUGCAGCUGUCACUGCUGGCCUCUCCUUUACCCCUGAACUGACCAAACAAAACUCUCUGUUUCUCUGAACUGACCAACCAACACUUUCCGUUUAUCUAAACUGACCUAUCAAUCAACACUGUCCUUUACCCCGAACUGACCAAAACACUCGAUCAACACUACAUUUCUGUCUCUCUCUGCCCCUCUCUCUCUGUCUGUGUUUCUACCCCCCCCCCCCCUCCCCUUUCAAGCCAGUAGAAGGGAGUCAUAUAGUCACAGAAGGUUGUGUAUAGUCACAUUUUAAAACAUAUUUAGACACCAUAUGAUUAUUGUUCUUGUCUAGAUAUUGUUUUAUUUUCCUUGAGAGUCAGUGGGUGCAUUAGUUGGAACCAGGUGAUGGCCUGGUGUUUUACACUAACACAGGAAGAGUUCGCAUUGGUUCACAGAGGAUCAGUACGUAAGCACUGUAUGUGCAGAGAGAGAGUCGUGUGUGUGUGUGUGCGAAAGCAAUACUUUAAAAAGAGACGUCCUGUGAUCAUUUGAGAAGUGUUUGUACUUUAUUGUAUUGUUGUUGUUUAUAGUAUUUAUUGGCCUUGAGAUUUUGGCUGGUUUUGUUGUAAGAUGGUGAAAUUACACAGUGUUGGUUGAAUUGUUCAAGUUGUUUGUUUCCCAUUGAAGUUUUUAUUUUUUUGCUUUUCUCCCUCCCGUCUCCUGUCAUUUCCUUUUGAAUACAAUAUUUAACAUGGUUGUAAUAAAUGGCUUGUUACUUU